AUGAGUGGCUUACGACUGCGAACACUCAAGGAGAAGAUACAGCUCCAAGGUGAUGGAAACGAGCAUGAGCAGGUUGACUCAUGGUCCAACCGUGAUCUCAUUCCUCUACCACCCUCGAGACGGACUUGGGGCUGGUUCCACUACUUUGGGUAUUGGACGCUGAACUCUCUGAAUAUCUCGAACUGGCAAACUCCAAACACCUUCUUGUCUUAUGGACUCUCUGUGGGCCAGAGUAUGAUGGUGAUUGUGGUUGGUAAGCUGCUGGUCACCUUCUUCUCCACACUCAUUGCCUGGUGUGGACUUCGUUGGCAUAUUGGCUUCACUGUCCAGAAUCGCUUCACUUGGGGUCUUCGUGGAAGCUAUAUCCCUUUGAUGCAGAGGGUUCUUUUGAACUUCAUCUGGUGUGCCAUCCAGUGUUGGAAUGGUGGAAGACUAGUCGCGGUGUGCAUCACAGCUAUCUGGCCGUCCUUUGCCAAGAUGCAUAACACCCUUCCUUCAUCGAUGCCUACCACGACCUACCAGUUCAUCGCGUUCGUGCUCUUCUGGAUUUUCUCAGUACCGUUCCUGUUCGUCCGUCCAGAAAAGUUCCGUUUGCCCUUUUUGGUCACAUCCAUCUACUGUGGCCUCGGUAUGCUCAGUAUGAUGAUCUGGUCUCUGUCCGUAGCGAAGGGUGUAGGCCCACUCUGGACAACGGGACAGCACAUUCCCGAGACCUCGUCUUGGAACCUUCAUUGGCUUGAGAUGAAAGGCAUCAACCAGAUUAUCGGUGGCAUUGCGGCUGGUAUAACCAAUGGCUCAGACUUUUCUCGAUACGCACGAGCACCUAAGCACUACGUCCUAGGGACUGUUCUAUCAGCAUGGGUCACUGGCGUCCUUGUCAGCUUGGUCGGACUUGUGGUGACAGCAGCGUGCCAAAAGAUAUACGGCGAAGUCUACUGGAACCCUCCGGACCUUCUCAUGCGCAUGAUGGACAGCGGCGAAGGCUCAUCCAAAGCCAGAGCAGGCGUCUUCUUUCUCGCUGCCGGUUUCGCUCUAACUGGCAUGUUCGAGAACGUCUGUGGAAAUGCUGUCGCAGGAGGUAUUGACCUUGCUGGCCUCUUUCCUCGCUACCUCGACAUUCGCAGGGGCGCCAUUCUGACCUUUGUGGCUGUUUGGGUGUGCCAGCCAUGGCAACUUGUCAACAAAGCAGCUACUUUUGUCAGCGUGUUGAGCUCUUUCUCUGUCUUUCUGUCGCCAAUCAUGGGCGUCAUGGUAGUUGACUUUUACCUCCUGCGCAAAGGGAGAAUACAGCUCAGCCAUCUUUACAGGACCAGAGAUACUGCAUACUGGUAUCACAAAGGCGUUAAUUGGCGCGCUAUACCUGCAUGGAUCUGCGGGUGGGCGCCCACGAUCGGCGGCCUUGUGGUUACUGUGGGAGGUACGUCGAGCCCUCCUCGAAGCUUGGUCAAGCUGUACUAUAUGGCAUUCCUUGUGGGGUUUUUUGUGAGCGGCACGGUCUUCCUUUUGCUCAACCUCGCCUUUCCAUGCACAGGGCUGGGUGAGUACGAGAAGGUGGAUGUCUAUGAGACUUUUACACCUCGCGAAGCUGCCAACCUUGAAGUCGUGACAGCCAGUGAACCGCAGGUGCUGGAUGGAGUUGAAUCUGACCCAGUCGACAACAAGAUGGAAUCCGGUACGGUUGUCGAGAAAUCUUUGUGA